UUUGCUUUGUAGUCAGGCAGACAUGACAUAUUUGUCCAAUCACAAAAAAAUCUGAAAGGGGAUUUUUGCUGUAUCUUUGGCUCAGAGGCCUCAGGGUGUGUUUGCCACCGCUGUGUGAGCAAACAAUGACGGAGGACAGGCUGAAGGCGGACCCCUCCAAGCGGGAGGGGCUGGACUCAGGAGAGGGUGACACAGAGCCUAGCCUGCUGCUGCAGAAACUAAAGAGCAACAUCUCUACGAAUGUACAGGGCAAAGUGGACGUUAUCCUGCAAGAUGUGCAGCGCUUCUCUGACAACGACAAACUCUACCUUUACCUCCAGCUGCCUUCUGGCCCCAGUUCAGGGGAGAAAAGUCUGGCAAUGGCCCCGCUGGCACAACUUAGGCGGUGGUGUAUUUCUGCAUCGAUGUCAGCUUUGGAGGAGAGAACACUGCCAAGCAGCAGCAGUGACCCCAGCUCCUUCAACACAGCUGACCAGCUGCACACCUGCAACUGGAUCCGCAGCCACCUGGAGGAGCACGCAGACACCUGCCUGCCCAAGCAAGACGUCUACGAGACAUACAAGAGAUACUGUGAAAACCUGCAGCACCGGCCUCUGAGCGCUGCCAACUUUGGGAAGAUCAUCCGUGACAUCUUCCCCAACAUCAAAGCCCGGAGGCUCGGUGGCAGGGGACAGUCCAAGUAUUGUUAUAGUGGAAUCCGCAGGAAGACGGUGCUAAACAUGCCACUGUUGCCAAACCUGGACCUGAAAAACGACCCGUCGGAGCUGACGGAGCUGGUGCAGACCUACAAGCAAGAGGUGACGGAGGCGGCUUGUGAGCUCAUCUGUGAUUGGGCCCAGAAGAUCCUCAAGCGUUCCUUUGACACAGUGGUCGAGAUCGCCCGUUUUCUUGUGCAGGAGCACAUCGUCAACCCGCGCUGCAGCCAGGCUGAACUCGUCACUUCUGCCGCUAUGGCAGGAGGUCCUGCAAAGCCCCACAAGGUGAUCAAGAAGAACCCAGUACCAUCCAAAGGAGGUGGGCCAGAGACGGAAGGGAGCGGCUCUGAAGCUAAGGUAAGGGAUAAAGACGUUGGGGAUCAGUCGUUGCCAGGGAAACUGCAGUCCAGUGACAAGCCAAUGAAAGGGGUGGAGUCUGUACGCCCGGGGGGUCGCGAAUUGCAGGUGGAGGCUCUGAUGAAGCACUUGCCCCGAAUCCUGCCUCGCAGCUCCGUCCCGGAAAAGUCCCAGCUUUCGGUGCGCUCCUCGCCCCCUUCGCUGGCGCCCAAAGACGCAGGUGGCGUGAAAGUUAUUACAAUGACUGCCCUGCCCCAGCAGCAAGGGGGCGCUCUCCCCGUCAUGAUCCUCCCCCAGAGCGUCAGCCUCUCCUACCCCGACAGGGAAAAAGCCCCAUCAAUCACCAUGGCGCCCGUGGCACCAACAUCGGUGGUGCAGAGGGCCCGCACAGCGGGCAAACGGGCCCCCGAGGCGACAAGCGGGGGCCCUGGGCCGGGAGGCACGCCGGCCAAACGGAAACGAGGACGACCCAGGAAGCCACGGCCAGAGGACACUGCCCCCCCACAGCCGCCCCCUCCACCCUUACCCUCGGUCAACCAAGCCCCUAUCAUGAAUUCCCUCACCGGAGGGGUGAUCCAGAAAGCCUGCUCUUCCUCCGCCUCCCAGGUGGUGGAGGUCGUAUUCCAGGACCAGCAGGCCUUGGUACUAGGUCAGCUGCAUUCGGUAGCGGACACAGGCGACCCAGAGCACCGGGGCGUGGUGCUCGAGACUGACCCACGGCCCGUGCUGCUGUUGUCAGGGGCCAGUCACACAAACUGGGACAUGGGCAGGGCCAUGGUAGAGGUCAUCCAGAGGGCCCCGAGACCACCCACCAUCAUCACCAAGAACAACAACAACUCCCAGUCUACCCCCUAGCACCGCCUGCCCCUGCCCACUGUGCUGGAGGAUCGAGGGGAGGUGGAGAUCACCCUCACCCCCGUGGAACCUUUGGACGAUCUGCCGACCCCCACUGCCCAGGCUAGCUCGGAGGGCAGCACCACACCCGAUGACAGCUCUAAAGAACCUAGCCCUGGCCUUCCUUGUCCCAGAGACUAAGGAGCACUAAGGGACUUUAUACUACCCUCAGGGUGAGGAUAACCACCCCCAAUCAUCUUCUCCCAGGUAGCGUCUUCUCCCCGAUUGGUGGAAAUCCAAGAUUGGCAGCGCAGAGAGCCAAGAAGGAUUGAUGAAGCCAAAACACUAUUAAUCCCUGUUGACCUUCCAUUUAUAACUCUUUGCUGUGACUCUAACUGCAUGUUUGUCUUUGUAAUUGUGAGCAGAGAGAGCGAUAAAGGCGGUUCCGUAGUUCUGAUGACGAGGGGGGGUGUUUACGGGUUCGGACCUUACGAGGUUUUAAGUGCUACUCUCCCUGAGAGGAAUUCCCCUCAGUGUUUUUUUAUUUUUUAUAAUAUACAGUUGAAAUUGGACGUUUACAUACACCUUAGCCAAAUACAUUUAAACUCAGUUUUUCACAAUUACUGACAUGUAAUCCUAGUAAAACAUCCCUGUCUUAGGUCAGUUAGAAUCACCACUUUAUUUUAAGAAUGUGAAAUGUCAGAAUAACAUUUUAUUUAUUUCAGCUUUUAUUUCACAUUCCCAGUGAGUCAGAAGUUUACAUACACUCAAUUAGUAUUUGGUGUCAUUGCCUUUAAAUUAUUUAACUUGGGUCAAAUGUUUCGGGUAGCCUUCCACAAGCUUCCCACAAUAAGUUGGGUGAAUUUUGGCCCAUUCCUCCUGACAGAGCUGGUGUAACUGAGUCAGGUUUGUCGCACACGCUUUUUCAGUUCUGCCCACAAAUUUUCUAUAGGAUUGAGGUCAGGGCUUUGUGAUGGCCACUCCAAUACCUUGACUUUGUUGUCCUUAAGCCAUUUUGCCACAACUUUGGAAGUAUGCUGGGGUCAUUAUCCUUUUGGAAGACCCAUUUGCAACCAAGCUUUAACUUCCUGACUGAUGUCUUGAGAUGUUGCUUCAAUAUAUCCACAUAAUUUUCCUCCCUCAUGAGGCCAUCUAUUUUGUGAAGUGCACGAAUCCCUCCUGCAGCAAAGCACCCCCACAACAUGAUGCUGCCACCCCUGUGCUUCACGGUUGGGAUGGUGUUCUUCGGCUUGCAAGCCUCCCCAUUUUUCCUCCAAACAUAACGAUGGUCAUUAUGGCCAAACAGUUCCAUUUCUGUUUCAUCAGACCAGAGGACAUUUCUCCAAAAAGUACGAUCUUUGUCCCCAUGUGCAGUUGCAAACAGUAGUCUGGCUUUUUUAUGGUGGCUUUGGAGCAGUGGCUUCUUCCUUGCUGAGCGGCCUUUCAGGUUAUGUCGAUAUAGGCGUUGUUUACUGUGGAUAUAGAUACUUUUGUACCUGUUUCCUCCAGCAUCUUCACAUGGUCCUUUGCUGCUGUUCUGGGAUUGAUUUGCACUUUUUGCACCAAAGUGCGUUAAUCUCUAGGAGACAGAACGCGUCUCCUUCCUGAGAGGUAUGACGGCUGCAUGGUCCCAUGGUGUUAAUACUUGCAUACUAUUGUUUGUACAGAUGAACGUGGUACCUUCAGGCGUCUUGAAAUUGCUCCCAAGGAUGAACCAAACUUGUGGAGGUCUACAAUUUUUUUUCUGAGGUCUUUUUUGAUUUUCCCAUGAUGUCAAAGCAAAGAGGCACUGAGUUUGAAGGUAGGCCUUGAAAUACAUCCACAUGUACACCUCCAAUUGACUCAAAUUAUGUAAAUUAGCCUAUCAGAAGCUUCUAAAGCCAUGACGUAAUUUUCUGGAAUUUUCCUAGCUGUUUAAUUAAAGGCACAGUCAACUUAGUGGAUGUAAACUUCUGACCCACUGGAAUUGUGAUACAGUGAAUUAUAAGUGAAAUAAUCUGUCUGUAAACAAUUGUUGGAUAAAUUACUUGUCAUGCACAAAGUAGAUGUCCUAACCGACUUGCCAAAACUAUAGUUUGUUUACAAGAAAUUUGUGGAGUGGUUAAAAAAAGACUUUUAAUGACUCCAACUUAAGUGUAUGUAAACUUCUGAAUUCAACUGUAUUCUUUGGUUGUGUUAUGUUGAUGUUUGUAGUUGUGGUUUCAAAUAGACUUCCAGAGUAAAGGAGAAAGCAUGACUCGCUGCUGGUGGAGCUGCAUUUAAAUGAUGCCCCCGUCAAGCAUCAGAACUGGGUCUGCCUCAGUGUUGUAAAAAAUUGUGUUUCAAUAUUGUGAGUUUGCCCCCUUCCCCUUCUCCAAAUUCAUUAAAUUGGAGUGUGACACAACACGAGCACUUACCAGGUCGUAAUGCCAAUAUUACAGCACUUACUGUUAGCGAUUUAGCCUAGAUUACGAAACGUAGACACCAUAUAGGCUAGACUAUGACAAACAGUCGUUAAAUAUGCCUUUGUAUUGUAUUGAAGAAUGAACUUGCAUCACCUCGGGUGAAAGCGUCAAAGCACAAACCUACGAGCCUAGUGUAAACCUUGAGCGCGGCAAAGAGACAUAAUGAAAUAUUAGCGCAGAUUUAGUAAAUGAUUUAGCCUGAUGCUAAGCUAAUGCAGGUUGCCAAGCCCUUUUUUAAUACGAUAUGGAUGUUGUACCUUAGUCCUAGAGUGUAUAAAUAUUAUAUAAUUUUCAAACUGUCUGGCAGAGACAACUAUUGCUUAGUCACCCUUUGCCAAAAUUUCAGCCUCUGGCUUUGCCAAGGGGUGCAUACAUCUUUGGUGCUGAACUGAGGCAUAUUGCAAUACUUAGCAGUACAUGAUAAUGUAAGAUAUUGAAUCCCUUCAAUCCAAACCCAGCAUAUCAUCCAAAGUAUGAUCAACCUUAAAUAGGCUGGUUUUGUGUUUUUUAUACCUUCCGUCCUUUGACAAUGGGAGAUUUCAAUUUGUAAUCCCCAGCCUCAGCCCUUUUGGAAUUAAAUUGAAGCAGACGACAAGAAUAUUUGCACUGAUAUGAAGAAAUCAAAAAGGGAAGAGCCUGUUGGUGAGGACAUAUAAUAGUAGUGAUUACUAUGAAUGAAAAAACAAUGAUUAAAUACCUGCUAUAUGCUUGAGGUAGUUUUAGAAGAGGCAAUGUUAACUUUAUUUUUCAUUAGAGUUGAUGGUCAAAUUUGACUGAAUUGAGAAUAAGCACUACGGAAUUAGACUUUAUAAUUAGCCUGUGCCAUGUUAUUGUCCUUCUGUAAACCAUGGGCUUAUGAAGAGACACACUUUAUGUAAAUUCAUGAUGCAUUCAUUUGGUACUGUAAUGGUGAGGACACAAGUUUGUCUACACACUACACUAUUUCCCGGGAAAACAGGGAUUCCCUAUGUCUGUCUUCAAACCCUGUUAAUAGAUUUUCUCCCCAACCAGUAUGUAGUACAGGGGUGACCAACCAUAUACAUACAUGUGGCCAACCUUCUGCUGGCAGGCUUUUGUCCCAGCCCUGUUCUUACACACCUGAUUCUAUUCUACUAAUCAGCUGCUCAUGAUUAGGUAAAUCAGUUGUGUUAGAGCAGAGCUGGAAUGAAAUCCUGCAGCUACCUUGUAGCUCCCUGUGAGGAGGGUUGGCCACCCCUGAUCUAGUAUAUUCUGUUGGUCUGUUAAUUGUGUAAUUACAUGUACAUAGCUAUAGUAGCUCAACUUAUCCUCGUUGAUGACAUUGGAGUAUGAGCUAGCAAUGAUCUCAGAGUUGUAUUAGUCAAUUGACAGAUCAAGUUAAUAUCAGUAAGAGGUGGGUUUUACUUUGAAUGAAAACUACUGAUAAACUGGAGGCCCAGGGGACACACUUGGGUAACCCCUUCCCUAAGUAAGUACAGGUCCUUUAGUGUGCAGUUAAAUGAGUGUUGCAGUAAGUGAAUGAGUGAGUGGGAGAACUUUCACUGUGGAGCCACGGUGCUCAAAAGAAACGGGUUAGAGAAUCAAAGAUAAGGAUCGGGAUCCGGGUAGCGGUGCCUUGACCAUAACUGGCGGUCAAACCACAUCAUGACCGACCACGGUCAAGCUCUGUUGAUGGUGGUAACCCUCUGUAAACUAGCCCGGCUAGCUAUGUAGUGGUUAAGUAGCUUCAUAGCUUUGCUUUGCGGUUUGUUUGAGUCAUGCAAAUAAGAAGAUUGCAAAUUUGUCAUUUUGCUAUUGUUGUUUAAUCAAAUCUAUAAAAACAUUAUUUAUCAUAUGUGCGUUUGUUAAUAUGAGUCAUUAAAGUUUCAUUCAUUGUACAGGUCAUUUGAAGUCCAGUUUUAACAUGAAUGUCUUUGAAUUUCAAAGACACUUCCAGUUUUAAAAAAUCUGUCCAUGCAUGGUUUUAUGUGACAGUAAUUCUAUUAUUCUAAGAUUCAAUUUGAAAAAACUGUUACUCUCCUAGAUUAGAAAUCAUACGUCAAAACAUAAAAUGUAUUGACUAAGGGUUUAAAAAUUAGAUGUGUUAAGUUAUGCUUUAGUUUAACAUUAUAUUCCCCCAGGUUGUGUUUUGCACUUUAUUUAUACCUGAAGAUGAAAUCAUUUAUAAUCGGUGUGCACAUAAAAAACAGAAUCCUGAUUUGAUCAUUAAGAAUUGCACCUUGUUGCACCUCUAAAUGCCCUUGUUUGAAAUUGCUUGAGUUGUUUUUUCUAAAUCAUUGUCUCAGAGUUGUCAUUUACAUCUAUGCUUCCUUUUAAAAAAACAGAGCUAAACAAAAUUAUGCCAACAACAACUAAUGUGAAUAUAUUUUCCUAUGCUGACUGUAAUAAAUGUUGUUAAAAGGUAA